CAUCAGCUGGUAGGAAAUGGCCUGGUCCAGCUGAGCCCAGGAGCUGCACGGAAUGGUGGCAGUCACCUUGCCAGUGCAGUGGGUAUGGACCAGACUGCAUGCUAGGAGAGGAAGUCAUCAGUCAGGAAGAGGGAACACACAGCUGGGCUUAAGGCCUCUUCAUCGGGAUGUCCCCAGGCCCCCCAGCCCAGGCCCAUCAUAAAGGCUGUGGGGGGGGACCCCCCUGACCCAAGGGGGGCUUCAUGCGCCACGUGCAGGCGGAGCUGUCUCCAUCCUCAGAGCCAGAGGCUGGUCCUUCGCAGCCUGCAGUCAGGCAGGGGGCCCUCCAGGGUGGCUUGCUCAUGGGCUACAGCCCAGCAGGGGGGGCAACAUCCCCCGGGGUCUACCAGGUAUCCAUCUUUUCCUCUCCAGCUGGUGCCUCUGAGCCUCAUAGGGCCCUGAAACGGCCGGCCCCGCCCACUGAGGGUCCCCGGGAGCUGAAGAGAGGCCCUGGGCUGGGGGCCAGAGAGGGAUUACCCCCUGAAGAACCAUCUACCAGGGGACUAUUGGGCCCAGAGGGACUGGGGCUGGGACUGGGUGUGGCCAGCCAGCAUUUCUGCCAUCAUGGCCUCUGUGUUGUGGAACAGGGAGGUAGCUCCACCUCACCUUGGACUUCAGGGGCCCGGAGUCCCUGCUGGCACCCAUCAAAUGCUUCCUGCAAUACUUUGCACACCAGAGACUGGGCUUCCCCAGAUCCAGGGGGACAGGUGUCCCUGGGGGAGUCCCCAGGGCCAGCCCCUCCGGGCCAGCUGCUCACACUUGACACUGAUUUGCACAGUCUUGCACAAAUAGGGGAUAAGAGCCCAGUGGCUGGGGUGGGCAAUGGGGGCAGCCCCUGGCCUAGGGAGUCCCCUGGCACUGCCAAUGGGCACAGUCCCGAGCACACACCCCCUGGCCCUGGACCUCCAGGCCUCUGUCCCACCAAGCGAAGGCUGCUUCCUGCUGAAGAAGCCCUGGAUGUCAGCUCUGAGGAUGAGGGGCCAGCCCCUCGGAGGCGCCGGGGAACCCUGGGCCACCCUCCUGCUGCCAACAGUUCUGAUGCCAAAGCCACACCCUUCUGGAGCCACCUGCUGCCUGGACCCAAGGAGCCUGUGCUGGACCCAACAGACUGCAGUCCCACGGGGCGGAGGCUGAAAGGUGCCUGUCGCCUGAAGCUGAGCUCCCUUCGAAGCCUCCGGAAGGGGCCAGGCUUGCUGAGCCCCCCCAGUGCCUCCCCUGUUCCUACCCCUGCCGUCAGCCGUACUCUGUUGGGCAACUUUGAGGAAUCAUUGCUGCAAGGACGCUUUGCACCAUCUGGCCACAUCGAGGGCUUCACGGCAGAGAUUGGAGCUAGUGGAUCCUACUGCCCCCGGCAUGUCACGCUGCCUGUCACUGUCACCUUCUUUAAUGUUUCUGAGCAAAAUGCCCCGGCCCCCUUCCUGGGUGUCGUGGAUCUGCUCCCCCUGGGGAGGAAGGGUUACAGCGUGCCCAAGGUGGGCACCAUCCAAGUGACCUUAUUUAACCCCAACCAGACUGUGGUGAAGAUGUUCCUUGUGACCUUUGACUUCUCGGACAUGCCUGCUGGCCAUGUGACCUUCCUGCGCCAUCGCCUCUUUUUGGUGCCUGUGGGUGAGGAGGGAAAUGCUAGCCCCACCCGCCGCCUCCUCUGCUACUUGCUGCACCUCAGGUUCCGGAGCUCCCGCUCAGGCCGCUUAAGCCUGCAUGGAGACAUCCGCCUGCUUUUUUCCCGCCGGAGCCUGGAACUGGACACAGGGCUCCCCUACGAACUACAGGCUGUGACCGAGGCCCCUCACAAUCCACGUUAUUCACCUUUGCCAUGACUGUCAGUGCCCUGAACCCAUGUGGGCCAAGCACCUGCCCAUCCUACCCCAUCUUGGACAGAGCGAACAUGCGGAGAGGUGGCGAGAGACCCUCCAGGCUUGAAUUAAACCACUCGCCAUGCUCAUGCCCAAACUGAUUAUUUGGGCGUUUAAAGCUUCUGAUCCUUACCACACGCUGCCCUACUCUGGGUACUCCAUGUGCCUGCCCCCUCCCUUGAAUUUUCCAGGCCAGCUUAGGUAGUGGGCAGGAACUUGAGCUACCCUGAGGUUGUCCCAAGUUCCUAGGCAAGUUGUGCCAGCAUUGCCUUCCUGUCCUGGGCAGGGGCCACUUAUUAUUUUAUUUAUUUUUAAUUUAUAAUUUAUUCAAAUUGGAUUGCCUUGGUAACCUCCCAAACAUGAUAAUUGGCAUUGCCCCUCCUCCUUUCUCACUCUCAGAUAUUGCUCCAACCUCAGGAGUUGAAAAGGCUGAUGUAGGGGCUGGGGGAGAACUGCUCUCCCUCAGCUGAGGGCAGAAGGACUGAGUCACUAGCCAAAGACUCAGCUUCCUUUGUCCUUCCCUAUUCCUUUCACUUCCCUUACUCUCUGACCCCUCUCUGAAAGCCAACUUAUAUGUAUGUGUGUGUGUGUGCAUGUGUGCACGUGCUUGUGUGUGUGUGGUAUGUGUGUGAGAAAGAGGGCGUGCAUGCAUGCGCAUACAUGGGGGUUAACCACCCCUCAUCUAGGGCUCCAGACUCCGGUUGUCCCUCUCCUCCUGCCUGUGUUUCCUUGCUUUGGGGUCCUGACUGAGGAAGGUGUUCAGGGGGCAGAGUCAGGGCCAAGGACUGGGGUGCCUCCUUUCACCUGGCCAGACUCUGACCCACCUACCUCAGCUGGGGUGAGGGGCACCCCUCAAACUCAGUCAUGUGGUUCUCAACUACCCCAUUCCCCACUCCAGACUCUGACCCAGCCUUAGCCCUGACUCGCGGCGCUGGGCUAAGGGGAACAAGCAUUUGCUGAAACUUGAAAAAAAAAAAAAAAACAAAAAAAAACAGGAAAAAAUUGUACCUGGUACUUUUUUUAGGAGAAAAAAAAGAAAGAAUAAAUUCUUGUUUGGAAACUUGAGCUAAGCCCUACUU